UCAGUAUUUAACUAAAAUUUCAUGUGUUUCCAUAAUAGUUUUUAUAAACUAAUCCAAUGGCAUUAACGGCAAAUUCCAUAUUAGUUUCAGCUUUUCCUAGCAUUGACACAGAGUUAUUUAACUAUAUCGAAGGUGUUUUGGAUGAAAACAAAAGUGAAUUUGAAUCAUCAGAGCAUAUUUAUGAAGCUAUUGGUGACAUGCUUCACGAAGUUGCUGGUGAUAGCAAAGAUGAAAAUGAAAUAAAAGAUAUAUGUUCUCAGCUGCUAAAAGCAUUAAAAAUGGUGGAUGAUGAUGAUGAGGAUUCAAAAGAUCAUAAAAUUCUCAGUGCUCCAGUGUGCCUUGGUAGUUUGGCAGAGAAUUUUGAAAAUGAAGCUGAAGAAGUUACUAGCAUAUGGCUGAAGCAAAGAGAAUCAUGUUCAGUUGUUGAUCAAAGGAAACUUGAGAAGGCUGAAGCUAAGUUAAAGUCUAAGCAAGAGAGAAGAGACUGCAUUGAAAAACCAAUCAGCAGUAGUGGGCCUAUUAUCAAUAAAGAAGCUACAGCUGUUCAAGCAAGCAGCAAAAAAGAGUCUAAGAUGGACUCAAAAGGCUCCAAUAAAAGCAUGGAUAUCAAAAUUGAAAAUUUUGAUAUAGCUUUUGGAGACAAGACUUUGUUGACUGGUGCUGAUUUAACCCUGGUGUAUGGGCGUAGAUUUGGCAUGGUUGGCCGGAAUGGAAUCGGAAAGAGUACUUUGCUCAAAAUGAUAUCCAGUGCCCAACUAAAAAUUUCCUCUCAUAUAUCCAUUUUACAUGUUGAACAAGAAGUUGUUGGUAAUGACACAAUAGCCCUUGAUAGUGUUUUAGAAUGUGAUGAAAAAAGGCAAAGUUUAAUGUUAGAAGAAAAGUCACUACUAGAGAAAAUGAAUGGUAAAAGCCCAGCACCUGAUGAUAAUCAGUUGAGUGGCAGGUUACAAGAAAUCUACAUGGAGCUGCAGCAAAUUGAAGCAGACAAAGCUCCGGCCAGAGCAUCUGUUAUAUUAGCUGGUUUAGGUUUUUCGCCAGAAAUGCAGAGGAAAGCUACGAAAGAAUUUUCUGGUGGAUGGAGAAUGAGAAUAGCAUUAGCUAGGGCUUUAUUUUCUAAACCCGAUUUGUUAUUACUUGAUGAACCUACGAACAUGUUGGAUAUGAAAGCUAUUAUAUGGCUGGAGAAUUAUUUGCAGACAUGGGAAUCUACUAUUCUUGUAGUUUCUCAUGAUCGACGUUUUCUGGACACUGUUGCGACAGACAUCUUGCAUUUUCAUUCACAACACAUUGAAAGUUACCGAGGAAAUUAUGAGAACUUUGUGAAAACGAUGACAGAGAAACUAAAACACCAGCAGAGGGAAUAUGAAGCACAACAACAAUAUAAGGCUCAUGUGCAGGUGUUUAUUGACAAAUUUCGAUAUAAUGCUAAACGAGCUUCACUAGUUCAAAGCAAAAUAAAAUUGCUGGAAAAAUUACCAGAUUUGAAACCUGUAGAAAAAGAAACAGCUGUAGUUUUGAGGUUUCCAAAUCCAGAGCCUCUGCAACCUCCAGUGUUACAGCUUGAUGAAGUGUCCUUUGCUUAUCCAAACUCAAGUCCAGUCUUGUGCAAUGUGAACCUUUCUGCAAACAUGGGUUCUAGAAUAUGUAUAGUAAGUUUUAUGUCGGGUGAUAACGGCUCAGGUAAAACAACACUUUUGAAGCUGCUAAUAGGAGAGCUUGAACCCACAAAAGGCAUUCGACACAGUCAUAGGAAUUUAGUCAUAGGAUAUUUCACACAACAUCAUAUUGAUCAGCUAGAUAUGAAUCUUUGUUCAUUAGAAUUUCUGGCGAAAAGGUUUCCAGGUAAGCCUUCUGAAGAAUACCGAAGGCAGCUGGGGUGUUUUGGUGUCACAGGAGAUUUAGCCUUGCAGUCUGUUGCUAGCCUCUCCGGUGGCCAGAAAAGUAGAGUAGCUUUUGCAGCUAUGGCCAUGCUCCAUCCGCACUUUCUAAUAUUAGAUGAACCUACGAAUCAUCUUGAUGUGGAGACUGUAGAAGCAUUAGGAAUAGCUCUUCAACAUUUCACGGGAGGAGUAGUGUUAGUCUCCCACGACGAACAAUUAAUUGAACUGGUAUGUCAAGAAUUGUGGAUCUGUAAAAAUGGUUCCGUGUCAACUAUAUCAGGAGGAUUCUCGCAAUAUAGGAAGCUAGUUGAAGAUGAACUAGCUGCACAAACAUAGCGACAUGUAAUUUUAACAAAAAUGCUUUUUAAAUAAACAUUUAUUUAAUUUUUAAACCUCGAAUUCAAUUCUGUGAUAUCCGUUUGCAAACUAAAGCACUGGAAUUCGAAAGCACUUUUCCG